CGUCGGUGGCCGCUCGCUGCACGUCACGGGAUCGUCGUAAACAGCGCCCUCGCCACGGCCAGCGAGCGCGUGCUACCGGGCCCGGCGAUAUCGGCGUUCGAACUCGAAACGACCGCCCUUGGCACAGUAUGUAGCAGACGACGCGGUGCCAGUGAUUGCCAUGAGCGCCGUAAAAGACGACGCAGCCGCCGCGGUGGAUCGGCUGAGCGCCAAGGAACAAGCCGCCCUCGAUCAAUUUCGAAUAUCAACGGCCGAUCUUUCGAUACCAUCACGGGAAGCCUGGUACCUGCUGAAAUGGCUGCGUGCCAGGAAGUUCGACACGAAAGAGGCCAAGAAAAUGCUGGUCGAGCACAUCGCUUGGCGGAGAAAGAACGAGGUGGACAGCAUACUGGAGGACUACCGACCCCCCAAGGUGCUCCUGGAGUACUUCCCUGGUGGCUUCGUGGAAUGCAGCCCUGAUGGCAGGCCGGUGCUUAUAGUUCCUGUGGGACAGGCAGACUUCAAAGGUAUGCUUGAAGCCGUGUCACGCACUGACCUGCUGCGUCACUGCAUCUAUCUGUUGGAGUCACAAGAGGAGCUCAAGAGAAAUCUCACACUGCAGAACGGUGGCGCUCGGAUCGAAACCAUGCAUGUAGUGGCUGACAUGGAAGGCUUUUCAUUCUGGCAGCUUUCUUCUCUCGAAGGUAAGAUGACUCCUGAGUGGAGCCGGAUACCUUUAUGGGACCGCCAUUGGGUGUAA